CUCAGUUCAUUUGUCUACUCAUAUAUUUGAUUUUGACGUGGGUUGAGCUGUAGAUAUUAGAUCAAUUUAAUAUAUAUUAUUUUAGCACUGUGAGCUUGAUUAAAGAAGUCUUAAUGGGAGGUGAAGUGUUUACUAAUUUUCCGCGAGUUGAAGAAGAGGAUGAGUAGUAAUGAUAGAGUUGAUGACGAUUUGCAGGAAUGGUGGAUCCGUCGUGUUUUUGGAGGAGUGACGUUUGUUAUCUCCCUUGGUAUAAUGGCCCUCGGGUUAUUCAUACAGUAUCAGGCACGUCAUCAAACCGGUGACGUCAUUUGUCCAGAACUAUUUCUUGAUGAGUCUACAGCGCAUGGCGAUCUGGAGAUUUCCGAAAUGGGUACAGUGGUUUCUAACACAAAACGCUAUGUUAGACGACACCGUUUUAAUAGAUACCAUGGCAUAGCAGGCAUGUUUUCUUUGGGUAACGCGGAAGACUUCGAACUUAGUUUUGGCGUAUUUUUUGAAAUUAAAAAGAGGAUUAAAAGACAGGACAUUUCGCUUUUCGAAAUCGCUUUCGCCGAAAAGAAAUCUAUUGAAAAUGACGUGUUAAAUUGGCCAUUGAAAACGGUCCUGAGUAUAAAAGGAAAGAAAUGCAGAGAUAAAAACAUCUGUAUAGCCGUGGAGGAAAACGGUAUGUCGUACAAGGAAGUUGAAAUAUCUAAGUCGUACAGCGAUAUCUCGUAUAUCGGAGUGAUAACAAUACUUAAAAGAAAUGAAAAUAUAAAUAUCUACUAUUAUGACAGGACACAGCAAUGUAAUUUGUUGUUAAAGCUCUCGGAGAUACAUAUUUUCAACAAGAAUUUGAGAUCCCUUUAUGGAAUAAUGGAAAAUUCACAAAAUGCCAGGGUAACUCUUUCUAUAGUCAGAGAUGCUAAAAAUCUCGAGCGCUUUGACGAGAUGACCAGUCAUAAAGAUGUCUUCACUUCGGGUGAUGGACAUGCAAUUUCAAACUUUAAUGCUGGACCCAAUUUCAAAAGAGGUGGCAGGCAUGAACAGGCGUAUCGUGGCGUUCUUGCUGAUGUCUCUUUCAAGCAGAAUGAUAACAAGACAGAUCAAAUAAAACCAUAUUACUUUGAAAUUCAAUUUCUUUUUGAUGUUAAUUUGCGAGAAUUUGAUUCCAAAGACACAGUGUUUGAAUUCGGAUUUGCUCCAAAACACCUCAGAGAGAAACACUCAAAUCUAAAAUAUCAUUCGGAUGCUCUUUUGGCAACAGUUUCUAGAUGCACAAAAAGACUAAGACUUUGCAUAUCAUACUGGCAAAAUGGGACCGAACAUAAACUUAACCAUCCUAUUGGCAUAUACGAACCUAAAUACGAAAAUUUCAAUCUCACUUUUGGAUUAAAAAUCGAUGUAACUGGAAAUGAAGCAAGUGUUUAUCAUAUAGGUUCUGACAAUAAGGACAUACUACAUACAUUUAUCAGUGUCUCGUUUACACGUCCUCUGUAUCCAGUGAUUGGAGUAACAGACAAAUCCUUUGUCAAGGCGCGUCUUCUGACAAAAACAUUUGUUACCAGGGUUUAUAGCGUUUUUGGAUUCUUUACGUAUCCUCCUAUAUGUGAUAUCUGACUGUUCUGUUUAACAGUUCUGUUGGGUAUUUAGAAAGUCAGCGAUGUUAAAAUUUCCUCAGUGUACGUUUAUAUAUAUAUGCCGGGUAGAAUUUGCUAAAAUACUCGAACAAUGUCGAACAAUUGCUCUCUUGGGGGGGGGGGGGGGCAGUAAAUAC